UCUUUUUCUUUUUGUUGUUGAUCAAAGAAAAAGAACAUUAACCAAACCGUUAUGAAUUUUACCAGUCUCAGAGCCAGCGGUGAGCUUAUGGCUAAAUCGUGCUGAUGAGUUGGGUGGUGGCGGUGACGUAGUGGCAUGAAUCGCUCCAAAACCGUAGCUUUCCUCUGGCUCUUCUCUGCCUUGCUCUUCUACUCUCUCUUCCAAAUGGCGCUCCGGAACUCUGAUUCUUCACACAAUUACACAUCCGCUUCUGAUUCUAUGGUUUCCAAUAAGGAGCAGAGGUCCGCCUUGUACGAUCGGAUGGCUAGGGAUUUGGAUCAGCACGGACCGCUUUUUCUCCAACAUGGCCACACUUCUCAGUCUCUCUCCCUUUCUGAUAUUUUUACCAUCAAGGAUGGAUCUGUAGCACCUAUACUUAAGGCAGCAAAUCCCCCUGUACGUGCCAAUGUUUUGCAUCUGAGCACACAGUAUUCGGUUCCGAUAUCGGAGGCUCUUAAACCUAUACUCGAUCCGUACUUUGAUAAAGUGAUUUGGUUUCAGAACUCCAGCUUGUACCAUUUUAGUAUGUUCCAUGCCUCACACCAUAUUUCACCUGUUCCUGCCACUCAAGAUGAGAUUGAAGCCGAAGCAGCUGCUGUUAGAGCUGUCACACAGGAACUCUGCCCUUUAAAAAUUGUCCUAGACAGGGUGGUUUUAACUUCAACAGGUGUGCUUCUUGGGUGCUGGCAGGUAAUAUCUGGAUCAGAUCCUAUAACCAUUCGUGCAAAAUUGAGGACUGCACUUCCACGGGCACCAGAGAAGCAACUUUAUGAUGCGGCUAUUCUUCAUACAUCAUUUGCAAGGCUUCUGGGUCACCCGAAAGCAUCAUCCACGAUGCUAUCUAAUACUGGGGAUCAGGUCCACUUCUUUCAUGGGCUUGUUGAUCGUCUAAACAAUGAACUCCGGGGAUUUGAGGCGGUCAUAUCUGAGCUCUGGUAUGUUGAGGAAUUUGAUGUUUUGGCUCUUGCUUUGAAUGGAAGAAUGAAGAUGCGCAGGUUCCAACUUGGCUGCUCAAGAAAUUGACAUCAUGAAAUGAAAGACAAAAGAUGGAUUACAAGAUCUCACGACACAUACCUUAAAGAGAAACUGCUGACACAAGAUGUGCCCGUUGAGAGUGUGCAAAUUUGUAAAUGAAAUUAAAAUAUCUUCCAUCAGUUAAAGAGUUUUAAUACCAACCAGACAUUUACUGCGAAAAAACAAAAACAAAAACAAAAAUAAAAACAAAAAUGAGGAUUUUGCCGUUCAUAAGUUUUUAUAAGACGUUGUAAUUACACUACUAAUUUAAUAUGUUGUUUUGUA